GUUUCUCCUCAAAUAAUCAAGGUCAAGGACAUUUUGAACCGCCUAUAAAUAUUAAAAGUGAUAAAAGUAUCAAGAUGAUUGAACUUGAAUGUGCUGUCCAAAAAUAUGCAUGGGGGAAAAUCGGUCAAGACAGUGCUGUGGCCUCAUUAACUGGUAAAAGGAAUACAAAUUUUUCAAUAGAUGAUCAUCCCUAUGCCGAAUUAUGGAUGGGAACUCAUCCGAAAGGACCUUCUGUUAUAAAGCAAACAAAACAGACACUUUCUGACUAUCUUAAGGAAAACCCGGAAGCUAAUGUACAAUCUUCGAAAGCUGGUCAAUUAACCUUCCUCUUUAAAGUUUUAUCUGUCAACAAAGCUCUAUCAAUCCAAGCCCAUCCUAAUAAAGAUCACGCAAUUAUUCUACACGAAAAGGAUCCAGAACAUUAUCCAGACGAUAAUCAUAAACCGGAAAUGGCUAUAGCUCUAACGAAAUUCGAAGGACUAUGCGGUUUUAGGCCUAAGAACGAAAUUAUUGACUUUAUGAGUGAAAUUGAAGAAUUAAGAGAAAUAGUAUCUAAUGAAUCAUAUCAGAAAUUGAAAACUGCUUCUAAUGACGAUAGCAUAAAAGCUGCUGUGAAAGAAUGCUUUUCAGCGUUAAUGAAUUACGAUGCUGAUCAAAUAAAAGUUCUUUUAAAAAGAACGUUGGACAAUUUGAGUAAAUUUGAUGAACGUAAUCGUAAAGAAAAGCUGGCCGAACUAUUUGAGAGAAUUCAUUCUCAAUUUCCUGGAGAUGUCGGUUGCUAUUGCGUGUAUUUCUUAAAUUUCAUGAAGCUUGAACCAGGCGAGGCAAUGUUCUUAAGAGCCAAUCUUCCACACGCUUAUUUGAGUGGAGAUUGCGUUGAAUGUAUGGCCUGUUCAGACAAUGUUGUUAGAGCAGGACUCACUCCAAAAUUCAAAGACGUCGAAGUUCUAACGCAAAUGCUGGACUAUUCUUGUAAGAGUGCUCAAGAUAAUUUAUUUCAACACAAUGAACAGGAUAGCUUUUGUAAAGUUUAUAGUCCUCCCGUUCUAGAUUUUGCAGUUGAUAAAAUUACGAUUCCGGCUAAUCAGAAUUAUACACUACCAGAAAAGGUUAGUGCAAGUAUAAUAUUGGUUGUAGACGGCUGUGCUGAAGCCCAGGAAUCGAAUAUAGAAAAUGGUAUCAGUGAGGGUGGCAUAUAUUUGUUGCCAGCUAAAAAGAGUGUUAACCUAUUCUCAAAAAAAGAUCUACUAUUGUUUCGUUCCUACACACCACUAUAA